AUGGCUAGUGCUCAAGAUGAUGUACAUCUAUUGUAUGAGCUUAAUGCCCCCGACUACAAAAAAGCCUCGGUACAAUCCUUGUUUGACAAAAUAGCACCAGAUCCAUCUUUGUCCACUUUUUUAGAUGUCUUAACGGGGGUAGAAGAUAUUUUCCAGUUGAUUAAUGCUACUCACAAGCAAGAACUAACCAUUUUCUGCCCCAUAAAUGGAGCGUUUCAUGAUCAUGUUGAAUCGACACGAGAAAAUUUAAAAGAGUUUUUACAGUAUCAUAUUGUUCCGUCUUAUAUUGAACCAGACAAUCUAAAGAGAGUUGAUACACUCAAGACAUUACUUGAUGAUGAAACAAUCAGUGUAAGCUAUCACUUCUUUUCUCAAAGAAUUGUCUUGAACGAUCUUGCUACUGUUGAUACUGUACAUACAAUAGAAGCCGUGAAUGGAAUUGCAUACAAAAUUGAUCACUUAUUAUUACGUCCUACUGUUUCUGCAUAA